AUGUUUCAAACUCUUUCUACGCCAUCUUGGGCCAAGGCCGAACCGAACCUCGUCAGCAUGCCACGCGAGAUUCUGGAGAGAAUCAUCAGCUUCGCCAUCCCGGAUAGCGUCUGUGUCACCACCACCUAUGUACCAGGUUCUUGGAAGCAUGAUCGACCACUUGAAUGGGUACCAGGCUUUUGGAAGCAAGGUCGACCAUUCAAGUGGGACCCAGACUGGGUUUCUGGGCUUCUCGCGGUUUCCAAACGGCUUCGUAAGGUCGCUCGAAGUACCCUCGCUCAACGUGUCCAAACAAUCGCCAAGGUACAGGGCUCCUCGUGGUACCACUACCACUAUCCCCGGAAUCCAGCCAGAGUCGAUCGGGCGACGAGAGACUAUUUCACAAAGGUGCUUACACGGAAUGAAGAGCAGACUCUACAUAGCGCUUGA